UGCGGGCAGCUCAACGAGGAGUGGCGGUCGAUUGUCACCGCCACGCUCGCAGCCAACGGGCGGCGGCCCGGAAACGCCUUCCUCAACUUCUCUCCACACCGCGUCAAGCACGUCGUCAGCGUCACCAUGCAGGUUACUUGGACAGGACUUAUCAACGGCCUCGUCAGACACAGCUGCCUUAAUCGAUCUAUACUUCAACACUGUACAUAACUUUGGCUUCUUCACUUUCAUUCACGAGUUUCGCUUUAAGCGGCUCCUACACGCGGGUAAGGCCCCGCGGGACCUGACAGCGAUUAUGGUUGCCAAUGCUCUAAGAUUUGCAGCGGAGCCUACUCAAAACAACCUCGAGCGAUCCGACAACAUCGUCAACGGGAUAGUCGCAAAGCUGGUGCCGCGUGUAUUGGAGGGGUUCGGAGUUGUGCACCUCAUGACGCUUCUUCUCACUUGCUACUGCGAGGGGCAACGCGGCCGUGUCGGUUCACGAUGGCUGUUGGCGGCAAUGACCGUGCGCAUGAUGCAGCUCAUGUCUCUGCAAACAGUUGACGAGCAUGCCGCUGCGGUGUCCGAUCUGUCUCCGUUGCUUACACAUGAGGCCCUGCGUCGUGUUGCCUGGUCGGUUUUCUUCCUCGACUCGACGCUCGACGGCGGACGCCUCGGUUCCGGUCUCGUGGACGUCAGCUUGUUCCACAUUCAGCUGCCAUGUACCGAAGAGAGCUUUAUGGGAAACGACAACCCGCGAACGGGCUCCAUUUUUGAGUCGCCGUCCGAGGACGAGGGGGCGACUCUCGGGAUCUCGGCUCACCUGAUGCGAGCGGUUUUGCUUCGUCGACGGGCCUUUGACAUCCUCCUCCGUCUGCGACAUCGCAACUUCGACGCUUUACGCACUGAAUCAGACCUUGUCGCGCUCGAACUCUCACUUACAGAAGUCACCACUUCCCUUCCGCCGCGGUACCGCUUCUCGGAGGACACCGCAUAUCUGUAUCGGCAACGGAUGCCAGCCUUCCUCCUCUUCCACUUACUUCUCCUCAAAGUUAGCAUAGUCAUCAACACGACAAGGCUCGCAUUACUCCAGAAGUCAGGAGCCACGGCUUCAGCCGAUAUCGCCCCUCUUCGACUGGAGCGUAUAAAACAUGCCAUCUCAAUAUCGCGCAUCGUGGCUGAGGGCCUCAAGCACCCAGCUCCUUGGGACAUGCAGGCGUCAGCUCACGCCUACAUCGCCUUGGAAAUCCUCCUGUUUGAACCGCGACGAUUGACGGAAUUACACGACACUGAGCAGGUGCUCUCCAAGGACGUCUCCACAAGCAUAGCGCCACUCCUGGUGGCGCUUCGAGAGGGCAGUGCGCGGUCCGAGAUUGUCCGAUUGCUGGUGAGGAGGCUGAUUUUGCAUCUCCUGACGCCAGCAUAUCGAGGCCGUCCACAGGUUACUGCGCUGCGACCUGCUGUGCCUUCUGAAUGGAGCAGACCUUGAGGCAUUCAGCACCGAGUACCAGCCAGGUCAGGACGAGGCCGAAUUUGACUUUAGUGACUUCCGCUUCGCCCGCAUAGAGAGGCUGCGCAGUACGCGCCGUCCAACGAGUGGAUUCCGCAGCGAGCGCAUGCUGGAGUACCAAUCUUGUGCCCCAUCACGGGCGACAUCGCCAGGUCCGUCAUCAUCUGUGCUGAGCAGCUCUGCAGGAUUUGGGGAGACGCCUCUCCUCACUUCGCAUCAGGAACACGGUCCCCUAGGGGAGAUUGGCCUCGGCGAUGGGUCCAGCGAGUUCACCGACGCCGCAAACUUCUCGUGGCUGCUCGGCGACGUUGAUACCCUACA